AUGUCCACGCCUUUGCCUCCGGAUCCAUAUGUCGCUCUAGGUCUCGCCAAAGAUGCUACUCCCGCGCAGAUCAAAACCACCUACCGGAAACUUGUGCUGAAAUGGCAUCCGGACAAGGUCACUGACGAAUCAAAAAAGGCCGAGGCGUCUGACCAGUUCCAUCGCAUCCAACAGGCAUACGAGAUUCUCAGCGAUGAAGGCCGAAGAUCACGCUAUGAU